AUGGUAACUCCGCAUUCGUAUCGCACGGAGCACACCGAAACGCAAACCACCAACCAAAAUUACGGGGAAUACUUUGCCAUCAAGUCCAGCAAGAAGAUCAAGAUUCAACCGGAUCUGCGCAAAGUCUUGCAAUACGUGGACUCGAACCAUUUAUCCUUCCUCGAUGAUCUCCAAGAAGCCAUCGAGAUCAAGUCGAUCUCAGGAGACAUCAAAUACAGAGACGACUUAAUCAAAAUGGUAAAGUUCAUCGAGGGAUGGAUGGUUAAGAUGGGCGCUAAAUACGAGUGCUUCUACGUAGGUUAUCAUAAUUUGGGAGGUAAAAAAGUCAGGCUACCGCCAAUCAUCUUGGGCACUGUUAAAGCCCCAGGAACUAAAAAGAAAACUAUUUGCGUCUACGGGAAUAUAGAUAUAAAGAAUCCGAAUGUUGUUAACUGGCGCACGGAUCCUUGGAAGGUCGAUCAUAACAACAAGACCAUCUACGGAUGCGGAGUGGCUCAAGGAAAAGGACCUUUGAUUAGCUGGUUCCAUACUAUAAUGGCCAUCAAACAUCAAGAACUUCAAUUGCCUGUAAACAUUAAGUUCAUCAUUGAAUCAAUGUAUCAUCAGAACAGCGAAGGCAUGAAGGAUUUCCUGAUGACUCAAAAGCAAGAAUUCUUGAGCGAUAUAGAUUAUGUGGUGGUAUGCGAUUCCGAAUGGUUGGGCGACAAAUAUCCUUGCGUAUCUUACGGUUGCGUCGGAUUUAUACAUUACGACGUGACUGUGACCAAGGUGGAAGGGUCGAAAUCGGAGCCUAAAGAUGAUUUGGUGAGAAUUUUCGAGAAGAUCGCCAAGGGUGACAAAGUUUUGAUACCUGAUCUCGACAAGCACGUGAUUCAAAUUACGCCCGACGAAGAGCAGAUGUUUGAGAAAAUCCACUUCCACGUGGAGGACGUCAGACACUUGCUGCCGCCGGAUUGGCAGAAUUGGGAUAAAAUCAAACUCUUGAUGCACUAUUGGCGUAUGCCCACGAUCUUCGUCGACGAUAUUGAACAGUGCAUCUGCGAGAAGAAGGAUUUCAGCAAGAUGAAGAGGAAGUUUGUGCUUAAGAUUGUUCCACGACAGACGUACGAUAACUGCCACGAGCAAGUUGUGGAUUACAUUAAGUCAGUUGCCAAAGAUUUGGAUAUUACGAACACCGUCGAAGUAGAUUUGAUUUCGUCGAGUCGUCCGUGGUUGGAGGAUUGCGCUACAGUUAAUUACGAAGCUGCAAGAAGGGCUACUAUCCAGAUUUACAAGGAAGAUCCUAGUAUGAUCAGGGAAGACAGGGACAGCACUAGCAUUAACAUCUUGGAGAUGAUUGGGAAGAGUAUACUUUUGCUGCCGCUCGUGCAGAAGGGUGGAAACGGACCGGACAACGAAUGCAUCUUAGCAAGAAACUUCUACGAAGGCACCAAACUCAUUGGGGCUUAUCUCUUUCAGUUGGCGAUGCUCACAAAGUGA